AUGGCUUCAUCGCUCGGAAUCUCAAGACAAUCGGUUCAAUCCAUUGUGAAAAAGGACUUGGGUCUGAACAGUUAUCGGCUCCUUCGUGGCCAAUACCUCACAGAACAGUCCAAGAAGAAUCGGCUCGAAAAAGCGAAAAAGUUGCUCGACGCACUCAAGGUGCGCCGCCUCUCUGAAGUCAUUUGGACUGAUGAGAAAAUUUUUACGGUUGAGCCGCUUCCGAACCGACAGAAUGCUCGGCAAUUGUUGUCAAAGGACGAAGCAAAGUCCCCAAAACGUCGUCUGGCCUACAAGAGACUUUUUCCAAAGUCAGUGAUGGUGUGGGCUGGAUUGACGUCGGAAGGUAAAGUCCCAUUGGUUUUCAUUGAUAGAAAUGUGAAAAUCAACUCGGAUGUGUACCAAAAGUUGGUGUUGAUGGAUGUUUUACGUCCGUGGGUCACUAGCCACUUUGGCCAGCAACCCUUCAUUCUUCAACAAGAUUGGGCCCCGUCCCAUGGCUCGAAAUCCACGAAAGCUGUUCUCGACGCUCAUUUCCCUGGCUACUGGGGCAAGGACAUGUGGCCCGCUUCCUCGCCCGAUCUGAAUCCACUCGACUUUUCCGUUUGGGGAUAUUUGGAGGAAAAGGUGAUGGCUCGAUCGCACCCAAAUGUGGAUUCACUGAAGGCCGCUUUGCUCAAAGCAUGGGAUGAUCUUGACGAUGACUACCUCCGGCGCACCGUCGCUUCUGUUCCAGCUCGUUUGAAGGCGUGCAUCAAGGCCGAAGGCUCAAACUUCGAAUAUCUCCUCUGA